AGAAGAAGAAGAACCAGGCGGUUUCCUGCUGCCCUCUCAUGUGUUGCAGACCGAGCAGCGUGGUGAUUUCGGUAAAGACGUGAAGACUCUCCGCGUAGAGAGCACCUAAACUCAAAAAGACCCGAGCUUGCUGCCAAAAUGCUCGUGUUAUUUGAGACCGCCGCUGGAUAUGCGAUAUUCAAAGUUCUCGAUGAAUCCAAGCUGCAGCAGGUUGACAGCCUGUAUAAGGAGUUUGAAACUCCUGAAAAAGCGAAUAAAGUUCUGAAGCUGAAGCACUUUGAGAAGUUUCAGGACACGACAGAGGCCUUAGCAGCUGCCACUGCACUUGUUGAGGGGAAAAUCGGCAAGAGUUUGAAGAAAGUGCUGAAGAAGGUUGUCGCCAAGGAGGCUCACGAGCAGCUGGCAAUCAGUGAUGCAAAACUCGGUGGUAUUAUCAAAGAAAAGCUGGACGUGAGCUGUGUCCACAGCCCUGCUGUUGCUGAACUGAUGAGAUGCAUCAGGAGCCAGAUGGAGGGCCUCAUCACUGGACUUCCUCCCAAGGAGAUGAGUGCCAUGUCUCUGGGGUUGGCUCACAGUUUGUCUCGCUAUAAGCUGAAGUUCAGUCCAGACAAAGUGGACACCAUGAUUGUGCAGGCCAUCAGUCUUCUGGAUGACCUGGACAAGGAGCUUAACAACUACAUUAUGCGCUGCAGAGAAUGGUACGGCUGGCACUUUCCUGAGCUGGGAAAAGUCAUCGCAGACAACUUGGCCUACUGCAAAACUGUCCGCAAAAUAGGUGAUCGCACAAAUGUAUCCAGCAGUGAUCUGUCAGACCUCCUCCCUGAGGAAAUUGAGGCCGAGGUUAAACUGGCUGCAGAGAUCUCCAUGGGAACAGAAGUGUCAGAACAGGACAUUGGCAACAUUAGGCACCUGUGUGAUCAGGUGAUUGAGAUUUCAGAAUACCGCGCUCAGCUGUACGACUACCUGAAGAACCGAAUGAUGGCAAUCGCUCCCAACCUGACAGUAAUGGUGGGCGAGCUGGUCGGCGCCCGUCUCAUCUCACAUGCCGGUUCCCUUUUGAAUCUGGCAAAGCAUCCGGCUUCCACAGUGCAGAUCCUCGGAGCAGAAAAGGCUCUGUUUAGAGCCCUAAAGACACGCAAAGACACCCCUAAGUAUGGUCUCAUUUACCACGCUUCUCUAGUGGGCCAGACCACUGCCAAGAAUAAGGGCAAGAUCUCCAGAAUGCUGGCAGCUAAAGCAGCUCUGGCUAUUCGCUAUGAUGCUCUGGGAGAGGACACCAAUGCAGAAAUGGGUGCAGAGAACCGCGCCAAGCUGGAGGCCAGGCUGCGUCAGCUGGAGGAGAAGGGAAUCCGAAGAAUCAGUGGAACAGGCAAAGCAAUGGCAAAGGCAGACAAAUACCAGCACAAGAGUGAAGUCAGAAUAUACGAUCCGUCUGGAGAUUCUACGAUUCCAUCCACCUCAAAGAAGAGGAAGUUUGAAGAAACAGAGGAUGGUGACGCAGAAGAGCCCGUAACACCGGCGGUUAAAUCCAAAAAGGCCAAAAAGGAAGCAGUAGCAGAAGAGGAAGAAGCAGAAACGUCAGCAGCAGCAGAAGAGACUCCCAAGAAAAAGAAGAAGAAAAAGAAGGACAAGAAAGAGGAGUCCGAGGCUGCAGAACCAAUGGAGGAAGAGGAGGAGGUAACAGUAACAGAGUCAACAGAAAAGAAGAAAAAGAAGAAAAAAAAGAAGGCAAAGGAGGAGGAGGAAGAUGAGUGAAAGGAUGGAGUGUAUAUACUUUUGUUCUAGUUUUGACGUCAUUUUAGUUUCAUGUCGUUACAUUAUAUCUGACAAAGGCAAUACUGUAUUGAGAAUUUAUGUUAAAGAACAAAAUCAUCGGGUCUCCUUUUAUAACUGCAAGUGAGCUGUGAUUCAAAGUCCAACAUUUUAUCUCAGACAGAAAAUGAUUGAAAAUGUAAAUCUUUUUAUUUUUUAUUUUUAAAGAUGUUUAAGUUUGUAAUCUACUACCCUGGGUUGACCGUUUUUAUUUUUGAUGUUUUAUUUGUGAACACAUCUGUAUCAGACAUGUAUCAAGUUCAACACAGCUAUAAGUUGAUGAGGAAAGAUUCUCCAGUUCUCAUGUGACAAACCUUCUUAUUGUCUAAGACUGUGAAUUUCUGCCCUGGUGAAAUAAACAUGUUUUUCCUGUAA